AAAACACGGGGCGCUGCUCGUUUUGCAAAAAUGAGCGCUUCACAUAUUUUGGAUUUGAAGGAUGACUGUCUAAGAUAUGUGCUUGACUAUCUGUCGACUGAAGAUCAAAUAAGCUAUGCCCAAGCCUGCCAGCGAUUUCGCGACGUUUUCAUCGAUUGGGCCGGCAGACAUUACCGACACUUCACGAUCGAUGAGAAGAGCUCAAGGCAGGAGCUGAUAAGAUUUUGUAUUUGCCGCGAGGCUGUCGACGAGCUAACCAUCGAUCUGGAUCACUUUGAUUCGUCCCGAGCGCUGAGGAACUAUGGAUGUGUAGCACCUCUAAACUGUUUCAGCAUAUUAAGCUUAGCAUUGACAGGCAUGACAAAUCUAAGAAAAUUGAUAGUCAAACAGCUCAAGUUUAUGCUCCUUUUUGCGCAACCCUUUGAGAAGACAUUGGCUGCAGUCAAAGACUUGAAGCAGCUUAAAGUCCUAGAGUUGCAUGCGAUCGAUGAUUUUACCUUUGACAACUUAGGCCAACUGAAGCAUCUGGAGGAAUUACAUUUGAUUGUGAAGACACUAAGUGGCCCAACUCUAACCUACUGCUGCAAGUCAAAUCCCAAUCUGCGUUAUCUGCACCUUGGAUUUUCCAGUGUCCAGCGGAUUCUGAGCGACAUUGCACCCCACUGUGCUAAUCUGGAAACUCUUCAGUUUGGCAUGAUAGGGGAAGCGCCGGCAUACAAAGCAAUCGCCAAGCUGCCCAAGCUCAGGCAGCUCAUAUAUUACGGCAUUCGGAGCACAAACUCCUUUCUGCCGCUGCUCACUGGAUUGGCUGCGCGACCGCAGCUUCAACGCCUCGACAUCGACGGAGGCAGCCUUAGCACCGAAGAGACUCAACAACUGGUUCGACUGAGCGGAUUGCAGCAGCUAAAGUGCUUCUGCUCGACAGCUGAGUGUGCGGAGAUGCUAGCGCAGCUAACACAGCUCCGGGCACUUAGCAUAUGGACGUCCAGCAGAGUCGACAUUUCUGCAGCUAUGCUAAGAGUGAUAGGGGAAUGCAAGCAACUGCAGCACCUGCGCAUUGCAUCGGGCAACUUGAACUCUGAUUUCAUUAAUGACGUCUCUGAAAUACUCUGUGCAAACAAAACAGGACCGGAUAAACGAUCGCUAAAGCUCGAAGUUCCCGUUCUGAAAUAUGUGACUCCGAAACUGCAACUCAUUGAAGGAAACCAAGCUCUCAGCUGCUCAGAGUUUGAGUUGGCUUCAUGGAGAAACUCAAAUUAAAUUAUAGGGUUAACUCACAGUGGGAUCAUGUAUUAUUGUGGCAAUACUCGGUUCCGAAACCGACUCGAAUAUAGGUAUUCAAUCUUGUACUCACUUAAAAUAGGUAAAAGUUACAGCACAAAUGAAAUAAUUUAUUUAAUAUUCACUUUCAAUGCUUUUCAAUGAAUGCAAGCGCAUCAGGGACAGGCGUAAAGCUUUGACUUAAUUACAGACUGAUUGAUUAUUGGUCGGGAUUCAAUUUCAAUUUCAUUCGCCGCCGCACUGCAAGCAAUGAAAUUAAAAUCAAAUUAAAUGAGAGAAUUUAACAUUUCCAUUGUCGCAGAUGCUGAUGGGACCACCUCAUGCGCGUAACAUGAUACAUGUAUGUAUGUAUGUAUGUGUGUAUGUAUGCAUGAUGAUGAUGCUGCUACUGCCUGUCAGACGAGCAGGCAGGCAGCAGUUGAAGUGGUUCGAUCGUCUGCAAGUGGAGCCCAUCAGUCAGCCAGUCAGUUGUACCGCCAUUGCUUAUUUGUAUCAAUUUAAAACAGUUUUUCUGUUUUUUCGCAUGCGGGGCACGCUUUAACACGUUUACAUUGAAUUAAACGUUGCAGCCAGCACAACGGCAACAUUACAGAUACCAACAAUAGCGCACACAAAAGCAACAACAGCAACAACAGCAACAGCAACUGCAGCAACAUGGUAAAGUUAAAAUCAACAUACAUUGUUGCUGAACAUUUCCUUUUGUGCCAGAGAGCCCAGUGCUCAGGGAGAGCAAAAGCCGGAAAGUGAAACGAGCUACGUCUGAAGUGAAAGAAAAAUAGCAACAGGCAACAGGCAACAAACAACGGAACAACAAUGGCAACAAUAAUGCGCUUCAGGCGACCCUCUCUCAUCGAAAUGGAUUACAUAUAAAUAUACUUAUUGUUCCAUUUGGCAGCCGAAUAAAUAUUUCGGUCAGAAUUUGUGCCAAGUGAAGGCACAGAGUACGUGAUAAUGGAUAAUCGCCAUACUUUAUCAAUGAGACAAAAGACAAGCCCAACUGACGGACUGACAUAUUUGCAGCACUUUGGUUACCUUCAGUUUA